AUUUUCCGCUGCUCACGGGUUUUUCAUUUAAGCACAAAAACCAAAACACUUUUCGCACAUUUUCCCGACUCCCCGCCCCCAGCCCACACGAUCAUCAGCUGGAUAUUUCCAGAUACAUCCGCAGACCUCGCGGCAAUCUGCCGUCGAACGAAACGCAACAAACUGGCGAACUCUUUUUUUCAGGGUCACACUGCUUCGACAAAAAAUCAUAGCCACAUUGCAAAAACUAAUUUUCUCACUAUCUUCAAUAAUCUACAAGAGAUUUGCGCACUUUUCCUGGUCAGCAGACCUACUGCGAUGUAGUAAUCGGUCUUUUUUUUCGGCGGGGGGUAACUUUUGCACUUUUCACGGCGACGUGGAAAACCCGCCGAAUUAACUAUUUCUUACGGUUGGCACUUACUUUUCAGCGAAUAUGGUUGAUUGUAAACGAAGCAGGUGUGCUUUUUGUGCUAUUUGAAAACAGCAAGUGCGUUUUUCUUUGCCAAAAAAUCAGCGCAAAUCGACCGCCGCCACCCACAAAUGCGAACGAAAUUGUGUGGUGAGAAAAGCGCUGGCGAAAAAAGUGACAGUUCACAAUGCCCACGAGAUUCACGUGAUGGCGCCAGUGUUGCUUAGCCAGCGAGCCAAACAGCUGACUCCGCCAGCAGCUGUUCCAGCGCCGCGCGCUCUCCAACACUGCCUGCGGCUAAGGUGCCGCAGUUUCAUUGCUUAAUUUUAUUCCAGAUUAGUUUAGUUUAAAACAUAUCGCCCGCCCUGGACCAUUAAUAUUAGCAAAGCUCAGGAUUAAAUAGAUAACCGGAUACAAUCAUGGCAUCCCACUGGCCCGAGAACGUUGGCAUACGCGCCAUCGAGAUUCUCUUCCCCUCCCAGUACGUGGACCAAACGGAGCUGGAGACCUUCGAUGGUGCCUCCGCGGGCAAGUACACAAUUGGCCUGGGCCAGGCCAAGAUGGGCUUCUGCUCGGACCGCGAGGAUGUCAACUCUCUCUGCCUGACGGUUGUGAGCCGCCUGCUGGAGCGGCAACAUGUGAAGCACUCGGAGAUCGGACGACUGGAGGUGGGCACCGAGACCAUUGUGGACAAGUCGAAGUCGGUGAAGUCCGUGCUGAUGCAGCUGUUCGCCGAGAGCGGGAACACGGACAUCGAGGGCAUCGACACCACGAACGCCUGUUACGGCGGCACGGCGGCGCUCUUCAAUGCCGUCAAUUGGGUGGAAUCUUCUAGCUGGGACGGCCGCCUGGCUUUGGCCGUUUGUGCUGAUAUCGCCGUGUACGCCAAGGGUGCAGCGCGCCCAACUGGUGGUGCGGGUGCUGUGGCUAUGCUGGUGGGUCCAAAUGCGCCGCUUAUCCUCGAUCGUGGACUACGCGCAACGCACAUGGAGCACGCCUACGACUUUUACAAGCCGGACCUCAGCUCCGAAUACCCAACGGUAGAUGGAAAGCUCUCUAUUCAGUGCUACCUUUCUGCUCUGGACACCUGCUACAGGCUGUAUCGCAAGAAGUUCGACCAGCAGCAGAAGGAUACUUCCAAGCAGCCGGCCAGCCUGAGCACCUUCGAUGCUAUCCUAUUCCACACACCGUUCUGCAAGUUGGUGCAAAAAUCUGUGGGUCGCCUGAGCUUCAACGAUUUCCUGCUGAGCAGUGAGGAGGAGCGAACGAAGCAGUUUCCCGACCUGGAACGUUUUAAUACCGCUACCCUGGAGAGCACCUACUUUGAUCGCGAUGUGGAGAAGGCCUUCAUGACGCAGUCCGCCAACAUCUUUGCCAGCAAGACCAAGAAAUCGCUGCUGCUGGCCAACCAAGUGGGCAAUAUGUACACACCCUCGGUGUACUCCGGUUUGGUGUCUCUGUUGAUUAGCGGACCAGCCCAGGAGCUGGUGGGAAAGCGCAUUGGUUUGUUCUCCUACGGAUCCGGACUGGCUGCUUCCAUGUACUCGAUCAGCGUGACCCAGGAUGCAGCUGCUUUCGAAAAGUUCGUCUCGCAGCUGGACUACGUGCAGCCGUUGCUGAAUUCACGGGAGAAGGUUGCGCCCGAGCAGUUCUCCGCGCUGAUGGAGGUGCGGGAGAAGAACAACCAUGCGGCGCCCUACACGCCAACGGGCAGCAUCUCCGCACUGUUUCCCGGCACCUACUACCUGAAGGACGUGGAUGCGCUGCAUAGACGCACCUACGAGCGCACACCGACCAUCAGCAAUGGGGUGCACUAACCCCGGGCUAUGGUUCCUUCGGUUUGGUUUCGGUUUCGCCUACAACUUGACAAUAACUCUAACUCUCUCGACCAAACCCAUGUAAGCAGUAGCUGUAGAUGGUAUCUAUUUAUAACUGGUAUGAUCCCGAGGGGUCGCUAUCCUUUUUGCUCUUAUUCGGGUCCUUGUCGCGUAUAUAGUACUACACUUCUUAUUUAUACAAGCUUGCGAAUUAACUCUUUCAUCCAGUCAGACCUUAUUUAUAUCAUGGAACAAGUCUUAACUAGCGUCGGUACUGCAAUCUAUGCCUAUAAUUGUACAAUACUUAUACCUGUGUGUAAUGCACACAAUCAAUUGUUUAAUAAACAAUAAAAAUCAACAAAGUC